AGCCAGCACCGCUCAGAUCGACCGAGAGACCCAACCGGGAGCAAACCCCACUGCACCCCACGUAGAUGAAAGCGAAGAGAAGCUCCAGAGCCGCAGCCAUGUCCACAUCCCUGCGCGUGAGCCCCUCGGUCCACGGGUACCGCUUCGACACAGCCCUGCGCAAGAAAGCCACGGCCAACAUCUUCGAAAGCAUCAACCAAGAGUCCCUGCAGAAACUCUUCAGGAACUCCGGGGACAAGAAGGCAGAGGAAAGAGCCAAGAUCAUCCUCGCCACCGACCAGGACUUGGAGGAGAAAACGAGAGCGCUAAUGGCGCUAAAGCAGAGGAGGAAAGACAAGCUGCUCCAGUUCCUGACGUUUCGGAAGUACUCCCUUAAAGUCCACUGAGCUGGCGGUGGGAGCAGAAAUGGAGGAGAAAAUGCCUCAGGACAGGACUGUUUGUGAGCUCCUACCACGCACGUGAGCUGCUGCGGGACAGGG